GGUAUGCAGCUCGAUGGAAUGGUGGUUGCUACUCAUGCUGACGUGUGUGCGACUAGUACAUUUUCCCCGUGCUGGAGGGUGUGUCCAUUUUCUGCCUUGCAAACCAACACAGCCUGGUUUUUACCAACCUAUUCGGCGGCGCUUCCGGAAAUGAGGGUCUUGGCUUCCGUAAGUAGCGGUUGGAGGAUCCCUGCUCGGUGCAAAACUAACAAGCGUGCUUUCAGUGUCCGUGUCGUUCGAUUGGAAUUACAUUGCCUCGCUCGGAUCUCCUCUGUGGUACCCGCUGUAUGCGUUGACCAAUUCGUUCAUCGGCUACCUGGGAUGCAUCAUCCUCUUCAUGGGAAUCUACUACGGGAAUGUCUGGAAUUCUCAGAAUUUCCCCUUCCUCUCCCAGCUGUUGUUCACCAACAACUCGAACUCCACGUACUAUGA